ACGUAAAGCGGCAGAAACUGGUUGCGUCCUUCUUUCAGGAAACGGGACGGGCUUGCUUGUAAGUAGGGACAAGAGGUAUUUUAGUGUUUCAGUUCAGACGCAGGUGCACUUCGAAGGGUUGCUAGUUGGACCUUACAGACGAACAAGGAAAAAAAAAAGUUAUUGUAGCGGCGCUAAGGAGGCUAACGCUGCCUCUUGCUAGCUUUAGUGUCACAGGCCUGUUUGGAAGCUCCUGUUUGGCCUGAGAGAAGUCGGCUUCAUCCCAGAGACUGAUGGCUGGCUUUAGCUUAGUGUGUGCGGUGCUUCUGUGCUCCUUUGUAGCAAAUGCGAAGCCAACUUUAAGGAAAGAAAGAGUCAUUUAUCAUGAUCCAGAGCUGAGCAGACAAGCCUACGACGAUGGUAAGGGCCACCAGUACGACCAUGAGGUCUUUCUGGGUAAAGAGGAGGCCAAAACGUUUGACCAGCUCACUCCGGAGGAGAGCAAAGACAGACUCAGUAAAAUUGUAGACCGGAUAGACGGUGACACAGAUGGCUACAUCACGACAGCCGAGCUCAAAGCCUGGAUAAAACGUGUUCAGAAGCGUUACGUGUUUGAAAAUGUUGCAAAGGUGUGGACUGACUAUGAUCUAAACAAAGACAACAAGAUCUCGUGGGAUGAGUACAAGCAAGCCACUUAUGGAUACUAUCUUGCUAACCCAGAGGAGUUUGAGGGUGACACAGACCAGUUCAGCUUCAAGAAGAUGCUUCCUCGAGAUGAAAGGAGGUUUAAAACGGCUGAUCUGAACGGCGACUUGGCAGCAGACAAGGAAGAGUUCAUGGCCUUCCUCCACCCUGAGGAGUUUGAACACAUGAAGAACAUUGUUGUUCUGGAAACGCUGGAGGACAUUGACAAGAACAGCGAUGGACAUGUGGAUGAGGACGAGUACAUUGCUGACAUGUUUGCGCACGAGGAUGGCGGUCCAGAACCAGACUGGGUCAAGACUGAAAGAGAACAAUUCUCUGACUUCAGAGACUUGAACAAAGAUGGGAAGAUGGACCAGGACGAGAUCCGACACUGGAUCAUGCCUGAGGAUUACGACCACGCUCAGGCUGAGGCCAGACAUCUUGUGUACGAGUCUGACCAGGACAAGGAUCAGAAGCUGACCAAAGAGGAGAUUCUUGAGAACUGGAACAUGUUUGUAGGAAGUCAGGCCACCAACUAUGGAGAAGAUCUAACCAAGAACCACGAUGAGCUCUGAUCUCGUCAGACUCCUGCCUGUGUGAGGAGAAUUGUUAAGACGUUUGUCUUUAAAGACACCAUCAUAGACUCUUGAACUCUCCCACUGUUGCUAGCAUUACUCCAACGUUUAACAGAAAAGUGAGACGGGCUUUAAAACUGACACUUUUGAUGCCAAACAAGUGGACGUACAAGAGUCUGUCUCGUGACUACACCAGUUUUCUUUCAAUCUUUUUUUUCCUUUCAGUCUUCAUAUUGAUGGUUUUGUUUCUGACAUUCAGGAGUGAAACCAGAGCCACUGAACUCAACUUUUCAUCAAUUGGUGCCUUCCAAUCAUGCGGCAACAUACAGAUUAGUUUUAGGUGAAACUCGUCAGAUACAAGAAGAAUUUAUGAUAGCAAUAGUAAUGUGAAAUCUCAGCUCA